UAAAAAUCUACAAAGUAUGCUGUUGAUGAAUAUUAAAGGAAAUUCGUCGUACUGGAGGCGUCGCGUCGCGUCGUUAAGAUUCGUUGGCGGAACUUUUUACUCGGCGUCAGAAAAUUUAAGUAGGAUAGAAUAAAAAAGCAGCCUGCUGGAAGAUUGGGUUCAUAAUGGGCCGUCUUAUGCGUCGUUUGUCCACGCCAUUGUCAAUUUAACGUGGAACUUUCCACCCGCUUGAAAAAUAAUCAUCUAAACUUUCUUCUUGCUUCUACUUCUACUUUAAUGGAACAGCAUUUUCUUAGCCAUCCCAAAGUUGCUACUUCUUACAUUCGAUUUACUUCAUUUUCCUUCCCUUGACAGCCUUUAUUAACAUAUCGCGUCGAACGAAAAGAUUUAUUUUCCAUACUUACUAUACUCGACUGAGAAAGAAGAAAACGCGACAAGGGGUGAUUCCUACUUUUUCUUACUUGCUGGACUUUUAUAACUUUCUGAAUGUUCUCCAACUUACUCUAUGAUUUCUUUUCAGAAACGAUCGAAGCGAUGAAAUUCAGUUGAGAAAUUCUAUAGAGCAAAGAAGAAGAGGAGAAAGAAGAAAACGAGACGUCGAUGGAAGGACGAUGGUAUCCUUUCGAUCGGUCGAUUUUUCUGUUCUCAGAGACAGAGAGAAGAGCGAGGCAGCCGGUGUAAAGCUGGUGGGGACACACGAGAGAGUUUUACCUUCCGAAAUGAAACUACUCGGCGGAGAAAGUGAGAGCCGAGGUAGCUGACGGUGGUUCAACGACGAGCAGGCGACCUGGGCUCCUCGAGACGAGAGGAUAGACAUGGUGUAAGCCCUCCAUCGUGCGAGGAUCUUCUUUCAACUUUCGAUAGAUCCUCUGGUUGAUCGCGUUCGUACCAACACCACGUGUUUCAAAAUAUUUGCCAACCAUCAAGAACCAGAGAAAUCCUAUUGAAUCGAACGUCAACGCGAAGAAACAUUGGAUUUCGAAGAGAAGACGCUUUCAACUUGAAAGUUGAACCGUAUUUAUUUCCAAUCUGAAUCAACGGACUCGAUGGGGAAUUCUUGAAAAGUAAUUGUUUCUUCGUAAGAUCAUUUUUGUUCUUUCUUUCUAUGGGAAAGAAAGUAGAAACUCGGCUCGCCUCGCUGAAGAAAACAAAGAUGUUCAAAGUGUAAAGAAGAGCGUCGUUUUAAGGGGUUUUUGGUGGUUGUGACAGAAUGUUGGUAAACGUCCGAGUUGAUUCAGUUUAAUUAUUGGAAGAAAAUCGAGUGAGAAUCGCGGCUAAAAAAAUACUUGGUGUUUGUUGUGUUAUGGUGGUGAGGACUGUUCAGGAUCGACGCGGAAGAAAAAGAGGAAGAAGAAGAGAGAGUGGUGGAGACUUAAGGAGUUCCUUUUGAAGGAUCUCUUGGAAGAAAUUUGCAAAAACUGGAUUGUCUUCGUUCGACAGAGAGCGCAAACGAUGGGUGCAGCUACCUCGUGCCAAUGGUUGCUCCUAGGAAUACUCCUCGUCAUCUCCUCGAAUCGAGUUCAAACAGAGAGCUUAGGAUCGAGCGUCAGCAAGUCAGAAACGAUCUUCAGUGCUGGUUACGUGACAACGCGAAGCAACGAUGCCAAUCGAACCGAUUUGACAUCGAAUUCAGCUCGCAGACGUCGAUAUGUUCGAUUUCCAACCGGUCCGGCUGGUUAUCUUUUCGAAGGUGGUAGUGCUGGAGGUGGUGGUGGUGGUCCUCCGAUAGGAAGGAACAUCGCUGUUCAUCCUGGUGUACGUUUUCCAUCCUGGAGGCAACAAAAGUCCCUUUGGAGGAGUCCUAUCUCGGAGUACAGCAGGCCAGUGAUGGGUCAUCGAACACCACGACUGAUCUUUCGCGAUAACGAUUUUCCACCACCGGUGGCUGGCAGCGCAUCCUCUUCUUUCUUUCAGCAGUCCAACCAUUUGCCCGAUUUCGAGGAUGACAUCAGAGAUCAUCGCAAGCAAACGGGUGACGAUUUCCUUAGGUUAGAGUCAGAAUCGCGUCAACAAAAAAGACCGCUGUGGAAGGGUGACGAUACGUUGUGCGCUGACGGACGAAGCUGCGAAUUUUUUCUAAUGUGCUGGAUGUCCGCUGGCCUAUUGGACGGCAGUUGCGGCGGCAUUAUGUUCGCUUGUUGUCAGCGAAGAGAACCGAAAGGUAGCUCUGAUUAUAACCUGAUUGAGGCACCUAGAGAUCAAUCUCAGCCACUUCCGUUGGAUACUUACACGGAGACCGCCAAUGAUGAUCGCUGCGGAAUACCCGUCUCGAAGCAAACCGCUCAAAGAAGAAUCGUCGGUGGUGACGAAGCAGGAUUUGGCAGUUUCCCAUGGCAGGCAUAUAUUCGAAUUGGAUCCAGUCGAUGCGGAGGCACCCUGGUUAAUCGAUUCCACGUCGUAACUGCUGGACACUGUGUAGCCAAGGCAUCGGCUCGUCAAGUUCAGGUUACCCUAGGAGACUACGUAGUGAAUUCAGCCAGUGAAUCCUUGCCAGCUUACACUUUUGGUGUCAGGGAGAUACGUGUUCACCCUUACUUCAAGUUUACCCCUCAGGCUGACAGGUUCGACGUUGCUGUUCUUCGAUUGGAUCGACCAGUUCACUAUAUGCCUCACAUAGCACCCAUAUGUCUGCCUGAAAAGAACGAGGACUUCUUGGGUCAAUAUGGUUGGGCUGCUGGAUGGGGUGCACUGCAGGCUGGAUCGAGAUUGCGUCCGAAGACUCUUCAAGCAGUGGAUGUGCCUGUGAUAGACAACCGAGUGUGCGAAAGGUGGCAUCGUUCAAACGGCAUCAACGUGGUCAUUUACGACGAGAUGAUGUGUGCUGGCUAUCGUGGCGGGGGUAAAGAUUCCUGCCAAGGUGACAGCGGAGGACCAUUAAUGUUGGAAAAGACAGGACGAUGGUACUUGAUAGGUAUCGUUUCGGCGGGAUAUUCGUGUGCCCAACCAGGUCAACCAGGAAUAUAUCAUCGUGUCGCUAAAACGGUCGAUUGGAUAACGUACGUGAUCAAUUCGUAGCAGAAGGCGAUUAAAAAGCGAACACUGUUCUCUGUACGCCAGAAACUUUGCAUGAAACAAAGUUCGUGACACGAACUGCCAGUGGAUGCAUAAGAUUUACGAUUAGUAAAUGGCCAAAGAUGCGUCCGUCGAAGAUUUAGUAUGGUACAACGUGAGAUCAGAAUUUUAGCCAUUGCGUACUAGAACGAUGUAAAUAUUGUAACGAUAAAAUGUUCAAGAAUGUGGUAUCGAAUGCUGUCAGGAAGAGGAAGAAUUGUUGAAGAAACGUAUCGAUUUUUAAAUAUAUAUAUAUAUAUAUUUUUUUUUUUUUACGGAACGACCGCGAUGCGCGUUGAUUGUUGUAAGUACGUAUAAUUACUUCUUUCAUCGAUCACCGAGGUUCUCGACGAACAGCAUCGACGUGAAUAUUUUGUAAAUUAAGUGCGUGUGAUAUUCGUUUGUAUUCGCGCUAAAUAAUUAUUCGAUUUUUAUUUUACAACGAUCGUAUACUUAUUUAUUUCUAAACGAAAGACCUUUCAAGUAAACACGUCGCAGACGAAACGAUAAGUUUAUUCAGAAAAUUUUUAACAGUCAUCAUUUUUUUAACAAAUAAUAUUUGUUAAUAAUACUUUUUCUACAUACGUAUAAAGGAACAAUAUAGAAAUUUCACUCUGAAUUGUUGUUGCAUCGAUGAAACGCUUGUGUCGUUAUUUUAAUUAAUUUGUACGUCCAGUUUAUCAAGGAAGGUUGAUAGGAUGGCGGGUGCUAAAGAACAAGUCUUUUCCAUUAAAAACAUACUUUGUUAUUAGACAACCGCUAUAUCUCAACGCAAGCUUAGCGUCGCGAAUAGUAGAACAACGCAUUUUUUUCUUUUUUUAAGUAUGUGUUUCCAUUGCGUAUAAGUAUUUAUAAGUACACAUUGAUCUCGUUGCCCGUUUCAACGAUAAGUAACCACGAGCCACUGAAUUUCUGUUUGCUCCAUUUGUUAACACAUCCAGCCAUCGAGGCUCGCUUAAGUAUCGUACGUUGGGAUAAACUAGAAUAACAAUUGCAAAAUUCCUUUCUUCACACCAAAACAGAAAACAAGAAAAAGAAAUCUAACUAAUCUCCUGCUUUCGCGACGAAUUGCGUAACGAAAUGUAAUCGUCGACUUCGUCAACGAACGUCCUUCUUCGUGUUUUCGUGUAGCAACUAAUUAGCUCCGAGCUAACGAGAUCAGACUAGAUACCGCGAAUCCUUAGGUAAAAGAAAA